AAAACAAGAUGUUUCUAAAUAUAUUACUUCUAUCAACAUUUGUAGUUUUCGUGAAUGCUGCAGCAUUGCCUACAUUCAUAACACCUUGCAGUCCACACUCGCAUGAUAUAGAUACAUGUGUUUUUAACAACUUUGAAGCUGCAAAACCCUAUCUUACGAAAGGAAUUCCCGACCUAGAUAUACCGAGUUUAACGCAUGUUCCUAUUCAAAAUUCCUUUAAGAAAGUUAUCCCCAACUUUGAAUUUCAAAUAUGGAACUAUACUGUAAAGGGAUUAAACAAUUACGAGGUCCUUAAUGUUAAUACAGAUCUGAAAAAUAACAUCUUCAAAUUCCAAAUCCGUAUCCCUCACUUAUCGGGCAAUGGAUCAUAUAGGUAUAAAGAUCUUUUCAAAAUGGACUCGGAGGAUGUUAAUGUUGAUAAUAUGGGAACAAUCAAAUCAUUUGCAAUUGAUUUAAUUUUGAAUUUAGAGCUAAAAACCAAGAUAGUUCAACGGAAUAAGCAAAUUUACUUAGAGCAUGUGGAUUGGAAAAUCGAUAUAAGUAGAGAAGGUCCUUUCCGUGUGUAUAUGACCGAAGCGUAUGUGAAUAAAUUUGAUUUUUCGGGUUUAUUUGACGAAAAAUAUAGCGAUAUUUUAUUCGAGUUGUUUGUUCCAAAACUAAAAGAUGCUAUUCAGGAUUUAUUGUUCGAUUUUACUGAUACUUUUUUCUUUACUUAUACGUACAAUGAAUUUUUCCAUAAAUUGUCUUAA